UUCAGCGGCUGGAGCCGACAACGUGAGGAUGACAAUCCCAUCACAUCAGCUACAGACAGAGUCUGACAACGAAAUUAUUCCACAUGGAAAUCAAGCUGGAUCCCAGGUAAGAGAACCAACGAAUGCCUCUGACCACCAACAGACCUGCACACAAGACAUCCAUGCUGUGCUGAGAGAGAUGAGCGCCUCGUUGGCUGAACAGAGGGUGGAGAUGAGACACUUGCAGAGAGAGAAUGAAGCACAAGCAGCUAAGCUGAACGAACUGGAGUUACAGAAGACUGAGCUGGAGAGGCAGAAGACUGAGGUGGACAAGCUAAAACAACAAAUUCAAGCACAAGCAGCAGAGCUGAUCACUAUGAAAGCCAGGUCAAAUGUCACAGAAAUCCAGGUGGAGGAUCUAAAGAGAGAUGGAGAAGUCAAACAGGUGGCUUUCUCAGCCUCUCUGUUGGCUUCAGGCUCAGGAACUCUCGGACCAUUUAACACACUCACUCCUCUGACCUUCAGAUAUGUCGUCACAAACAUUGGAAAUGCCUACAACCCACACACAGGUUUUUUCAUUGCACCAGUGAGAGGAGCCUACCACUUUGAGUUCUACAUAGGCGCACAUGGACAUAAUUCACAUGGUUCAGGUGCUGUGCUGGUCAAGAAUGGAGAGCAUAUUUUUAUUGCAUAUGAGCAUCAGCCGUCCGGUUAUGGCUCUUCUGCUAAUGGCGCCACGCUGCUUCUAGAGGUCGGAGAUGUUGUGUUUCUGCGUCAGUGGGUUAACUCAAGAAUAUUUGACAAUGAAAAUCACCACAGCACAUUCAGUGGUCAUCUGCUUUUUACCAUGUGAAAGAGAAACAGUCCUUUUCUUCAGCUGUAUAACUGUGCACACACUGCAGCAGUUUAUCAAUACUGUUCCUUAAAAUGUCAUUACUUGUUCCCUUUAUAUGAAAGCUGACACAACACUGCACAACCACAACAAUAAUCUUGUUGAAAAAAGUUCAGGAAUGUUUCCUCUGUCUCCUUCUGGAUUUGCAUAACAAUACACAGUGAUAGACAGUGAGGGAAUACUUGUGCCAGAUUUUUAACAUUAGAGUAAGGAACUAAACUAAUUCAGGAGAAAAUUGUGUAACGUUAUAAAAUACCAUGAAUUAUCUCACAAUGUUAAGAAACACUAAACAAAAUCCUGUAUCAUCACCUGGAUCCAGAUAAACACCAGAAACUUACUUGCUCGUUGGACCAAAGCUUCCAACCAAACCACCUCACUUUUAAUGUUUUUUUUUUUUUUAACUUUUUCUUUAGAAACGUGAAUGGUCUUUAAUGUGAGAAGGAAAUUCCCUUUGUUCCUUCAAAUGCAUGAUAGCAGUGCUUUGUUAUGCGAAGUAUCUUGACAUACAGAAGUACUGUAUCAGUACCAGCAAGUUAAAGUAUCAUUUACAGUAUUAAUCCUGAAAGCUGGAUGACAAAGCUUUGCAGCAACAA